CAAUUUUGGACGCUGGCUUUUUGAUGGUUCCCAGCAUUAUGGAUCUUUGAACCCAACAGGGCAAGCGUUGGCCGAUCACUGCGUUGCUGCAUCUGGGUGUGCAGUAUUCCUGGUUGAUUUCAGUGUUCUUUGAGAAACAAUGGCGGUCUGGACUGUCUGUGUGUCUCUCUGUCUACUCUUUGCUCUGAAUGCUUCAGCUUGUGAGACUGGGUGGAGUCGACAUGGAAAGAGAUGCUUCAAGGUUUUUAACGAUCCAAAGUCCUGGAAAGAUGCAGAGGUGACGUGCUUGAAUCAUGGUGGGAACCUUGCCUCUGUACACAAUAACAAGGAACAUGCCUUCAUAAAGCUAUUGGUGUCAAGUUCAAAAUCAUUCUGGAUAGGAGGCUAUGAUGCUGUUUCUGAGGGGACGUGGUUCUGGAGUGAUGGGUCCAAAAUGAAUUUCAGACUUUGGAACGCCGGAGAACCCAACAACAAGUUUGAUGAGGAUUGUAUUGAGACAAACUUUGGAGGUGAAGGGAAUUGGAAUGACAAACCAUGUAUAUACCAGUUACCAUUUGUUUGUGCCAUUGCUGAUCCAAGCUGUUCCCAUAAAUGACCAUGUUAAAUCAGAAAUGGAAUGCUUAAAACAUGUUUAAUACAGUGCAAAUGCAUUGAAUUCACUGAUAAUAAGUUCACUUGCAGUUUUGCUUUGUGGCAUGUUGCUUCAGUGUUCAACAUCUUUCUUUCUGUAAAUUCUUUCUCAAUAAAUCAAAUAGCAUUCA